AUGGCAAUGUUCCGGAAAUUGGUGUACAAAAAGCCGCCGGAUGGACUUCUCGAGAUUUCUGAAAGAGUCUAUGUCUUUGACUGCUGUUUCACCACUGAUGCUUGGGAUAAACAAAAUUACAAAGGUUAUAUGGGAAACGUAGUAACUCAGCUCAAGGAUCAUUAUCCCGAUGCUUCAAUCCUGGUUUUUAAUUUCCGCGAGGGAGAUACAACAUCCCAGCUUGCUUCUGCUUUAUCAAAUUAUGAAAUGACAAUAGUGGAAUACCCUAGGCACCAUGAAGGUUGCCCUUUGCUCCAAAUGGAAGUAAUCCACCAUUUUCUAAGAUCAUGUGAAAGCUGGCUUUCACUUGGCCUUCAAAACGUCCUUCUAAUGCAUUGUGAGCGUGGUGGUUGGCCUGUUUUGGCUUUCAUGUUGGCUGCACUUUUGAUUUACAGAAAGCAUUAUUCAGGGGAAUCCAAGACCCUGGACAUGGUUUAUAAACAAGCUCCUAUUGAGCUUCUACACUUGUUUUCAUCAAUGAAUCCUUUACCUUCUCAAUUGAGAUACUUACAGUAUGUAUCAAGGAGAAAUGUUGCAACAGAAUGGCCCCCAUUAGACAGAGCACUCAGUUUGGAUUGUGUUAUAGUGAGAAUGAUUCCUGAUGUUGAUGGAAAUGGUGGUUUUUGUCCUAUAUUCAGAAUUUUUGGACAAGAUCCUUACAUGCCUGGUGAUAAAACUACCAAACUUUUGUUCUUAACACAAAGAAGCAGUAGAACUGUUCGAUAUUACAAACAGGCAGAAUGUGAACUUGUUAUAAUUGAUAUAGAUUGUCACAUUCAAGGUGAUAUUGUGCUGGAGUGUAUAAGCUUACAAGAUGAUAAGGUGCAUGAAAGUAUAAUAUUUCGUGCUAUGUUCAACACAUCAUUCAUCAGAUCAAAUAUUUUAAUCCUUACUGGUGAUGAAAUUGACAUACCUUGGGAUGCUAAGUACCAAUUCCCUAAUGACUUCAAGGCUGAGUUUCUUUUCUCUGAGAUGAAUGCUUCAGCUCCUGUAGUUUCAAUGGAUUCAUUCUUUUUUGAUGAGAAAGAUGGUCUCCCAAUAGAAGCAUUUGCUAAAGUUCAAGAGAUGUUUAGUAGUGCAGAUUGGUUAGCUCCUAAAAAUGAUAAUGCUGGAUUUAAUCGAGUCAACUCACAGUCAACUCUACUUCCAACCUCAUCAUCACAUCCUCUUAACCGAGUCAACUCACAGUCAACUCUACUUCCGACAAAUGAGAUGCAAGUUUCUGGUUUCCCACCCACCAUUCUGCCACCUGGCUUUCCAUUAAAGGAAAGUGAUACAAAAACUGGAAGUACUUCACAAUCCAUACCUUCUCCAGUAGCUCCUUCAACUCCUUUUAGGGAAAACAGAGACACUGGACAUAAACCACCACAUGCCACGUCAUCACCACAGACAGAGAGUCCAUCUUCAAUGAAUGAAAAGGGUACUGGAGCUGGACUUCCUGGAAACUUAUCUCUGUCUUCAACAUCAUCACCACGUGCACCACCAGCUUCUCCGCCACCAUCGCCGCCAACUCCACCUCAGCAAGAGAAGGUGGGUACACCAGGUGCACCCUCUACACCACCACCACGCUCUCCAACUUUGACAACUCCAUCCUCUUCCACACCAGCAUCACCUGUGAAAGAUAAGUCAACAACACCAGCUGAGCCCUCUCCACCACCACCACCACCACCUCCUCCUCCUCCAACUGCACCUAUGACAGAGAAGCCAGAAACAACAGCCGGACCCUCUACAUCACCACCGCAACCUCCACCACCACCACCACCACCUCCUCCAACCGCUGCACCACCACCACCACCGCCACCAGCUCCUCCUACACCAUCAGCGCCGCCUCCACCACCUCCACCAGCUCCUCCUACACCAUCAGCGCCGCCUCCACCACCUCCACCAGCUCCUUCAAAUGCACCACCACCUCCUCCACCACCUUUUGCAAAGGGAGGAGGUCCAGGUCCACCACCACCACCUCCUCCAGCACCUUCUGCUAACGGAGGCGGUGCACCACCACCACCACCACCAAGAGGACCCAAUGCAUCUGGAGCUCCAGCUCCCCCACCACCUCUAGGUAGGGGGCGUGGUUCAUUACAAACAAUGGCAAAAACUCAACAAUUAAAGAAACUGAAGCCUUUACAUUGGUUAAAACUCACAAGAGCAGUUCAAGGAAGCUUAUGGGCUGAAACACAAAAGUCUGGUGAAGCUGUUAAGACACCAGAGAUUGAUAUAUCAGAACUUGAGAAUCUUUUCUCAGCUGCAAUUCCUCCCGACAAAAAUGCUGCAAAAUCAAAAUCUGCUCCAAUAGCUAAUAAACCAGAAAAAGUUCAACUGAUUGAUCAUAGGAGAGCAUACAACUGUGAGAUCAUGCUUUCAAAGGUGAAGAUACCUUUGCAUGAACUAAUGGAUUAUGUACUUGCUCUAGAUGAGUCAGCAUUGGAUGUUGAUCAGGUGGAUAACCUCAUAAAGUUUUGUCCUACAAAAGAAGAGAUGGAAGUGCUAAAGAACUACAAAGGAGAAAAGGAUAAAUUGGGAAAAUGUGAACAGUUCUUUUUGGAGCUAAUGAAAGUUCCACGAACAGAAUCUAAGCUCAGAGUUUUCUCUUUCAAGUUACAGUUUGGAUCACAGGCUAAAGAUCUUAGAAAGAGCUUAAACUCAGUAAAUACAGCUGUGGAACAGGUCAGAAGUUCCAGUAAGUUCAAGAGAGUAAUGCAAACAAUUCUCACACUUGGAAAUGCUCUGAACCAAGGAACAGCAAGAGGUGCUGCUGUUGGGUUCAGAUUGGAUAGCCUUCUGAAGCUUACGGAUACUCGUGCAAGGAAUAAAAGAAUGACACUCAUGCAUUAUCUUUGUAAGGUGCUUGUUGACAAACUACCUGAACUCCUUGAUUUCUCCAAGGAUCUUGACAGUUUGGAACCCGCAUCAAAGGUACAAUUAAAAUAUCUGGCAGAGGAAAUGCAAGCUAUUAGCAAAGGACUUGAGAAAGUUGUCCAGGAAUUGUCAAUGGCUGAAAAUGAUGGACCUGUCUCUGAAAAAUUUCUCAAGGCAUUGAAGGAGUUUCUUUGUACAGCAGAAGGUGAAGCAAGAUCCUUGGCCUCUCUCUACUCUUUAGUGGGUAAAAAUGUGGAUGCAUUAAUUCUUUACUUUGGAGAGGAUCCAGCUCGGUGUCCAUAUGAACAUGUUGUUUCAACUUUGAAGAACUUUGUGAGAACAUUCAAUCAAGCCCACGAUGAAAACUGCAAGCAAAUAGAGGCAGAAAAGAAGAAGGCCGAAAAGGAAGCCUUAGAAGAAAAAUCCAAACCAAAUGAUUCCAAAACCUCAGAUGAAAUUACACCAAAACCAAAUGAUGAAAAAUCCAAACCAAGUGAUUCAAAAAUCUCAGAUGAAAUAACACCAAAACCAAAUGAUGAAAAAUCCAAACCAAGUGAUGAAAAUUCAAAAGCAAUCGAUUCAGAACAAACAAAAAACCCUCCUAUUAAAACCAAAUAA